AUGGCCUAUGACCGCUACGUUGCCAUCUGCAAGCCCCUACACUACAGGACCCUCCUGGGCAACAGAGCUUGUGCCAGUAUGGCAGCAGCUGCCUGGGGCAGUGGCUUUCUCAAUGCUGUCCUGCACACAGCCAAUACAUUUUCACUACCUCUCUGCAAAGGUAAUGCUGUGGACCAAUUCUUCUGUGAAAUUCCCCAGAUCCUUAAGCUCUCCUGCUCACACUUCUACAUGAGGGAAGUUGUGCUUCUCAUGGUUAGUGUCUGUUUAGCUUUUGUUUGUUUCGUUUUCAUCUUUCUGUCCUACAUGCAGAUCUUCAGGGCUGUGCUGAGGAUCCCCUCUGAGCAGGGAAGGCACAAAGCCUUUUCCACAUGCCUCCCUCACCUGGCUGUGGUCUCUCUGUGUCUCAGCACUGCCAUGUUUGCCUACCUGAAGCCCCCCUCCAUCUCUUCCCCAUCCCUGGACCUGGUGACAACAGUUCUGUACUCAGUGCUACUGCCGGCAGUGAACCCCCUCAUCUACAGCAUGAGGAACAAGGAGCUCAAGGAUGCUAUACGGAAAGUGAUUUCAUGGAUGUUUCUCAGUUGUGAUAAAUUUCCCAUCACUCUAUGCUAA